UCGAUUUAAUCUUAGCGUGUAGACUUGAAACGCUAUAUUAAUAACUUGGUUCCUUCAUGAAAGGUAAACGAAAAGUGUAUUCCGAUCAAGAAGAAUCAUGGCUGGGCCCUGGAUAUUUUCUACUCUAGUCGGUUUAUCGAUGCUGGUGCAAUUAUGUACUGCCAAAACUAUCGUUCAACCAGCAAGGCUAGGUAGAGUGGUGAAAGAUCGAUACGAAAAUCCAACCAACGUUUUACUUCGUAGGAUAAUGGGCAAUGUACGUCGAAUUAGCGAUAUGUUAGCUUUCCAAAUGUUAGAACAGGAGGACCAACAGGCAAUUUUGGAAGAAAAAAGGGCAUCAAUGAAUCCCAAGAGGAAAUGUGUUCUGCAAGCAUUGGUAUUAGGAAAAUCAGUUGAUGAAUGCACUAAAACAAUUGAAGACGAUAACGCACUAAAAGACAGUCGUCGAAGUUUUAGUCUCAGAAAACGACGCCCCAACAAUAAUGGUGCUUUGAAUUCAAAUAGCAAUGUGAACAACAAUUAUAAUUCCAACAAAGAAGAUAAUAAGGAUGAACCAGAAGCAGCGCCAAUAAGAAAAAAACCUCGUCGUUGGGACAGAAAUACAAAAAAUGGAAACAUUAUAAGAUCUAAACCUGUUAAAGUUUCGCAAGCAGCCAACACAAAUGUGAACGAAAAUGCUAAUUUUAACUUCAACGAUGAAGCUGGUGCUUUAAACGACGAAAAUGAAGGUCUGAGUGUUUUGAGUGACAAUGAUGAUGGACCUGGUGCUUUAAAUGAUGAAAUUGAUGCAGCUGGAACUUUAAAUGAUGAAAAUGAUGGACCUAGUGCCUUAAAUGAUGCAGCUGGUGGGGAUGGUGCCUUAAAUGAUGAAAGUUUCAAUGACAAUCUUACUUUCAACGAUGAAGAUGCAGCACUUGGCGCAUUAAAUGAUGAUUAUAAUUUGCCUGUAGGCGGAGAAAAACUUGCGGAUGAAUUUGAAAUAUAAAUGUGAAUGUAAAAAUAAA